AAAUACUCCAGUCGUAAGCAUACAUACAAUUACAAGGGACUGAGAAGAACCAUAUACCCAAUCAACGAAUUGAAAACUCUCUCCAUUUAUCUGCAAGACACUACACUAAUAUUCAAUACUUCUUCUGUUUCAAUUUACUCACAUAUAUAAAUAUUUUUGCAUUCUAAAUUACUGUGGUGUGAAUUAGAAUAACACAUACACGCGAAUAACUGAAAAAUGCAUUUUCUACACCUGAAAUGCUAUGAUAUUUUUGAGGAAGUAGCAUAUCCCGCAUCAGAUUUUGUUUUAUGUACCACAAUGAGUUAUAACGCUGGAUGCAAAUAAGACAUACAUUACCGAAAUCACCAAACUGCAUCACGAUGAAAGUAAUAAUUUGUAAUCCUGAAGUUAAUUGGAAGAGAAAAAGACCAAGGAACACACUGAAUCGUGAACUGGAAGCAAAUGUUGGAAGAAUGAACAGCAACUAGAAGCAACUGGAGAAGAUGGUCCAGGACAGAGAUCGAUAGAGAACUGUGGUAGGCGACCUACGCUCCUCCAUGUAGGGUAACAGGAGUAAGUAAAUGAGACUAUGAUAAACAAAAUAAGUAUAACAUUUUGAUGUAUAUUGUAGGAUGCUUCUAAAUAGGCUGAAACGCGAAUAUAACUGGCAUAUAAUACGCACGAUGGAUGUCACACUGUUGUAGCAAUUGCUUGAUUUAUCUAUGCAUGUACAACAAAAAGUGCAAUCAAAAACAUCGUGGUGUUUGGCAAUAUUCAUUGAAAAGAAUGAACAUUAAUCAGAUGUCGAUUCUUGAACUGCUAACUUCUAACUGUAGAUUAAUGAUUGACAAAGUGUGCUAUUUUCAUUUUCUACUAAGUCUAAAUAUAUAUCAUUAUUGGAGUGUAAUCACAAUUCAAGAAUUCCGGUCAAAUAAUUUACAAAAUGAUUGCCAAGUGUCACUACAAGAUUUCAAUACGUAUCGUCAGGAUCGAUCAAACAAUAAGAAAAGGUGGUGGUGGUGUAGCUACGUUUGUAAACGUGAACUGGUAUCGAUCUGGUAUCGACUGUUUAACUUUAGGAUACUGUUCAGAAAACUUGAAUAAAUACAGUUAUAUUCACAUUACCAACAUCUCCGUGACUCCAAACCGCACAUCGGCUGCACUAUCUGUUUUCACUGACGAAUCCACUAAAUUUGCCGUUAAUUCAUUCAAUGGUUCACUUUCAAUUGUAUGUGGUGAUUUUAAUUCACGUGACUGUAGCUUUCUUUCAUCACUAGGCCACCAAAAUGUGGUAGAUUUUCCUACUCGUUUGGAUGUCCAUUUAGACUUAGUUUUCAUUAAUGAUAUGGGAAUAUAUGUAACUUGUAAACGUGCUCAAUUGUCUAGUCCUGAUCAGUUCUACCUAAAAUAUAUGGCAAGCUUGGAAAGAGUACACUGUUACAUCAGACAAAGAAAAUCAAAUACAGGAAUUACUCAGAAGAAAAUAUCGUAAGUCUGAAAACAUAUUUGGAAUUACAAACUGGGGAUUAUUUACAGAUGACUCAUUGGGAAACAUCAUUUGUUAUCUUAAAUUGUGUUCUCAUAUUUGUUGUCCAAAUGAAACCAUUUUUGUAAGCUUUCAUCGACUUAUAUCUCCACAACUAAAAUGAUUUCGAAGGCUAAAAGGAAGAAUGUGCAAGGAGAAAAAUUCCACUGAAGUUCGAAAGCUAAAUGAUCUGACAAACAUAGAGAUUAGACGUCUGAACUCGAUGUUUACUCAGAAACCCCCAUUUUUCAAAAACUCUUCAAGUUUGUGGAAACUAUUUAGAGAGCUUACAAGUGAAAGACACAUUACAAGCGAUAACCAGCUAAAUGUUUA